GUCAGGGCUAUUGUGUGCUGGACAACUUCCUCACGGACGGUCAAGCAAGAGACCUCAGAAACGAGGUUGCGGAGUGCCACAAGGCCGGGCGCUUGGAGGCCGGCGGCCUGGUCAAUGGAAAGCUGCCUUCCGCAGACGAUGCCAAGUACGCUGACCGGGCCACCCGAGGAGACGUCAUUGGAUGGUUUGAUAGCGGUCAGGAGGAGUGGCCACAUGGCAGAGCACUGGAAGGCUACCUACUUAAGCUGGGCACUCUGGUGUCGGAACUGCAAACAACAGUUCCGGAGCUUGCCAAGAUCACUUCCCGAUCGAAAGCCAUGGUUGCUUGCUACCCUGGUGGUGGCGCGCGCUACAUCAAGCAUGUAGACAACGAUGGCAAGCACGCCCUCUGCAAGACCAGACUGCUGACCGCGCUGAUCUACCUAAAUGACGGUUGGGAGGAGGGUGACGGCGGCGAGCUCGCGAUUUUCAGAGCAGAUGAUGAGAAUGCGCUUCGGAGAACAGUUCCUCCUGUCGCCAACCGCGUUCUCCUCUUCUGGUCUGACUGGCGAACACCUCACGAGGUUCGCCCAUCCGAGAAGAUGCGCUACUCUGUGACACUCUGGCUGCUGGACAAUACCAAGAAGAGCCCUGAAGCCGAAGUUGCUGAACCCAUGGCGAGCCCAACAGCUGAUCAGCCGCCGGCAGCCCGAGAUCCACAGCCCUCACUCGCUGAAGACACCAACCGCAAAGAGUCGGUGCAGCAUGAAUGGUCGAGCCAGCCUGAGUAUUGGGAGCUGAAAGUCCAAUUUCCGGGCUCGGAUGCGGUGGACUGCCCUGCACUGGACCUCUCUGAUACACAGGUCCGGCUCGUGGCUGCAGGUGAGUCCAUCCUGUGCUUGCCCCUUCCUUCAGGUACUUCCGGGUGCCCACUAUCGAAGUGGUCCAAGAAGAAGCGCACUCUGACGAUUCAGUUCCCACGCACCGGCGAGGUGCCCGUUUCACUAAGCCCGAUGUCAAGCUCAAUGGCAGAACAGCUGGCUUCGCAGGGCUGGGGCGUCAUCGAUGGCUUCCUGCCGGGCCCAGAGGCAGAUGAGCUGAGGAGCCAUGUGCUUCAGCAAAGAGCUUUGGGCAAGCUGCAAACUGGCAAGAACUCUCACGAAGGUCCCGUGAGGUCCACUCAGGAUGGGUCUGUCGCCAAGGAUGGCCCCAUGAAGAAUGACGAGUACACUUUCUGCGACUCGGAGGGCGGGGAUGCUCCCCCCUUGCGUGAGCUCACGCGCCGCUGCAACCAGCUCCUCGCUAAGUUGAUGGUGGGUCAGGAGGCAGGCUCAAAUCUGGCAGAGCUUCGCACAAUCAACCUCCUGCAAGGCCAUCCAAUGAUGGCGGUGUACCCGGGCAACGGUUCAGCGUAUGGCCGGCACUUAGACUCCACAGCUGGUGGACGGGGAGCCAAUGGACGGGUCUUGACUUUGGUGUUGUACUUGAAUCCUUUCUGGCGCCAAGACCAUGGGGGCUGCUUGCGGAUCCUGAAGCAGUUGGCUGAUGAUGGCACUGCAGGCACAGAUGUGGAGCCACUGCAUGGGCGACUCAUUGCUUUCUUCUGUCAGGACCAGAACCCUCAUGAAGUGCUCCCAGCAUGGAGGGACCGCGUUGCCGUCACAAUUUGGUACUACGAUGGAGAUCGCUUGAAGGAGCGCUGCGUCGGCAACGAGGCAGCACUGACUGGAGUUUUCGAGGGCGGCUAG